GCGAGCGAUAGAGAUAGAUAGCUUGGGUUUGGGUUGGCUCUAACUCGAAACCCUUUCCACACGACGACGUGCUCCUGCCCUUUGCGUGCGCUGGGACUCAACUCGAGUGAUCGGCUGAUCGCCCGCUAUAAAUAACCCGCGGCUUUGCUUACGCGACACUACUGGAGUUAGCGAGCACUGCGCACUGAGCACCUCGACACGGCGCGCGCGCGGCCAUGGUGAAGAACACGAGCAACAAGUGCAUUGCUGCUGCCGGCGCGACGGCGGCGGCCGGCUUAGGCGGUGGCGCGGCGUCGUGCAGCGGCGGCGGAGGUGAUGGGAAGGUGACGACGGCGGCGGCAGCGGCGUUGGCGGUGAGGCCGUACAAGGGGGUGAGGAUGCGGAGCUGGGGGUCGUGGGUGUCGGAGAUCAGGGCGCCGCACCAGAAGCGGCGGAUCUGGCUGGGCUCCUACGCCACGCCGGAGGCCGCGGCGCGCGCCUACGACGCCGCGCUGCUCUGCCUCAAGGGCUCCGACGCCGUCCUCAACUUCCCCUCCUCCGCCUCGUCUCGCCGCCGCCUCGACAUCCACCGGGGGGGCACGGACUCGGCGGCGGGCGACAUGUCGCCGAGGUCCAUCCAGCGCGUCGCGGCCGCCGCGGCGGCGGCAUUCGACGCCGCCGCCGCCGCCGUCGUCGUCGACGAAAGCUGCUCGUGCAGCGCCGAGGCGAUGUCGUCGACGCCGACGUCGGGAGCGACCUCGCUGUCCACGCUGGGAAGCUCCGGCGGCGGUGACGUGCUGGACCACGCGACGACGCCGUCGUCGUCGUCGUCUGCCGCGGCCAACGUUUGCUCGCCGCCGCUGGAGGGGGACCAUGAGCUGUGGACGGAGCUGGACGCGUUCGCGUCGCCGAAGUUCAUGGAUCUAAUGGCCGCCGGCGGCACGGCGUUCUCGUCGCCGUGGGAGGAGCCCGAGGAGGACGGCGAGCUGAUGAGGCUGUGGAGCUUCUGCUAGCUUAGCUAGGAGCCUAGGAAAUCGAUCGUGAAUCCAUUCGCCCAUGCAACACAAUACUACCAUUGAUCCAAUCAAUUUCUCCUCUCUUUGAGCAUCGAAAGCUAGGUUAAUUAGGCCUUGGUCCAUGGCUUCAGUUCUUCCAUAGAUUCUUCUUCUUUUCUUUGAUAAUAUCUUGAUUAAUUAAUAUGGUUGUAAUUUAUAUAAGUAUUUUACGGUGUUACACUGUACGGGUUGUUGAAUGAGACUGUGAGUGCAUUGGAUACUGGUUGGAUUUGUUCCAUUUCUGUUCUAAUUUAAUUUCUUGAUUGGUUA